GGCGCUGCGGGCGGCCACGCGCGAUAUGUCACUUUGUUCGAGGUGUCUUACGCAAUGAAUGGGGUUUUCGCGCGAAACCGGCGAGUGCGAGGAUGAGACGACCGCUCGUGGAGAUGAAGCGACUCCUGCGGCCUAGGCUGGUCACCUUCGACGUGACGGGGACCCUCCUGAUGACCGCCCUCGAGGAACACUACGCGGAGGUCGGGCUGCAGCACGGGUUGCCGGUCCUCGACCGUGAGAAAUUGGCGCGGAGUUUCAAAGCAAACUACAAGAAGCUCAGCACCGAGCACCCGAUCUACGGUCUGCACACGGGCCUCGGAUGGGAGAACUGGUGGCGGACCAUAGUCUUUAACGUCUUCAAGGAGCAGAACCGAAACGCCUGCGAUACUGCCCUCGGAAAGGUUGCAGACAGCCUGAUAGAGUGCUACAGCACGAAUAGGUGCUGGCAGGCGUAUCCAGGAGCCGUGGAUUUGUUGGAGUACUUGAAGAGCCGGGGAGUCAUCCUGGGCGUCAUAUCGAACUUCGACGAGAGGCUGGACGCCGUCCUGGUGGACACCGAGAUCAGAUCGUACUUCUCCUUCGUGCUGUCUUCGUACAUCCUGGGGGUCGAGAAACCGCACCCAACCAUUUUCGAGGAGGCUCUGAAACGUUCGAAAAUCCAACAUGGCGUGACGAUCUCGCCCGAAGAGGCGGUCCACAUAGGUGACCACGUGGAGGCCGAUUAUUUCGGAGCGAAGAGAGCCGACUGGAACGCGAUUCUGAUAAUGCGCGAGGAGGACGAGUCCUGGAGGAAGGACGGCGUGCUCGAGAAGGACGUCUUCGGGAGCCUCGACGAGCUGCAGACACAUUUCAGAGACGUCCUGAACGAGAAAGCCUCCGAUGCCUAACUGAACCGAUGGUGCGCAGAAUCGGUCCUGGCCUUGGCCUCCUGAAAACUGGAAAACCGAGACCAGGACGAAGACUUUGCUCGUCACCAGGCUCGAGAUCAACUGCAACAUCCUCGAGAUCCCUCGUUACCCUUAGAGCGAUAAGGCGAUAGUAUUAUCCCGACCUUAAGAAGGUCUGUAAAUUACCAACCGAGAUAAUUAAUGUCGUGGCACGUAACAUGUUAUGUACAGUGAGCUAAUAAUAGAUUAUUUUUCCAUAA